AUGCGUCAAUGCGAAGAAGACAAGGUGAGCCAGAAGAGGAAGGAGCGCCAAAGGCGCGAAGCGAAUGUUGCGCUUUCGCAUGUUAUCAUCCACGAAGAUCCUGCAGGAAAAGAUGAGACACCAGUACCCGGACAUGAUGAGAAGCUACCGGCGAAAGACGUAUCGCCAGAUCCUUCUGACGCUGCUCAGUCACUUCGCCCUCUACCGCAGAUCUCGCGCAAAAGACAACGCGAGCCUAGUUGCGAGUCACGAGACCCGUCACUUAAAGAGUCGAUUGUGGAUACAUCACAGCGUGAUUCCACCGACGUACACAGCCCGUACUCAGAAUCAGCAACCGCCCCAUUGGAAUACUACAUUCGCCUAGCCUCAAAGUCCAUGUCGCUCCCAACUCCUUCCGACUCGUACUUCACCUCACCAGAGCACGCGCCAGUACUCCACCGCAAGCGCGAGAACAAGAUCAUAAUGUACACAGGCUCCUUCAACCCACCGCAUCUUGGUCACUUCGAACUGGCCUUUCAUACAUUCCUACGUAGCUCCUCCACCACCGUCGCCGUCGUCUUCCUUCCAUUUCGCGAUAAACUCAAAGCGAAAGAUGGCGCUAUGGUCAACGGAAAGGUCUUCGCCACUGAAAAAGAACAAAGAAUCGCGCUACUACAAAACGACCUACUGCAGCGCUGGACUUGGUUUUACAGAGGCCAUCGCACAGAUUUCGAAAAAUACGGGGCUACUCUGAUCAGAGAAGCGAAGAAAGACGGAUUCCAAGUUUCCUUUGUAGUCCUAGCUGGAAGCGAUAAAUUCGAACGCGAAAAAGUCGAAACAAAGCCCUCUUGGCUCAUAGGAUGGGGAGAAAUAAUCACCAGCGACAUUACACGGCCGUCUAGUCUGUUCAAGGGUGGUAAUCGCGAGGAGAUGUCGACAAAGUUGGAGAAGGUCAUGAUGAACCCAGAGUUACUGCUACACUAUCUUGAAUCGGAUGGAUAA